AUGGGAGUCGUUGACAACGCUCUUUGUACGCUUGAUCCAGCGGGAGGACUCCUCCGAGCCGGCUCGAGGAGUACUGGGCCCGAACCUGAACCUGAGCUCCCUGGCGCGCCGGAGAGGGCGCUGCGUUUUGUGUGCGCUUUGUGUGCCACAGCGUGCCACCGUGCCACAGCGUGCAUCUGCUGUGGCCAUCUGCUGUGCAGCCCAUCAAUUGAGCAGACGCCGCAGCACAGCGUAAGAGUUGUCGGACAGCCGAGCGGACGGCCAAGCAAUAUAAUGGCGGCCCGCCGCGACGAGCCCACGCGCGUGGCGCCGUACGGCGCGCCGGGAACGCGCGCGAUCUGCGACUCCAGCAUCGUGCCGCUGGGCCUGCGCGGCCCGUUUCUGAACGCGCUCCGCGUGGACCAAUCGGACCUGAAACAGGCGCUGAUCCUUGGCCGGCCGCGCGACCCUUGCAAGAACACGCGCGGCGCGCACCUGAUGCUCACGCGCGCGACGCUCGCGCGUUUGACUGCGCCGCGGACCCUAUCGCUCCGGGACCCCCGCGAGUGCGGCGACCUUGCGCUCGACCGGCGGGGGCCCGCCGGCCGCUGGCCGCGCGUCGAGGCCGCGGCGCAGCAGGACGAGGCGCGGCGGCGGCCCCGGCGCGGCGGCCUCGACGAGACGGCGAACAUCACGCCCGAGGCGCUGUUCGACAACCGGCGCACGCUCGACGGCCAGGAGCUGCGCGUGAACGCGCCGCGCCUCGCGCGGCGGGAGAGCUCCCGCUCGGACGCGGAGCGCCGCGCGGCGAUGCGCGCCAAACUCGUCGGCCUCAGCAAGCGCGGGUCGCGGUUGUUGGGUAAAUAA